AUGGUCAAACGCAAGUAUAGCGACGAAGAACAAGAGUUUGACGAUUCGUAUGCGCAGCCCGUCCACAAGCGCAUUGCGAUCCGCACGCAGGCCCCAGCAAACCAGGGCCAGAUGGACAUCGAAAUGGGCUUUGACGACGUGAGCGCGGCUCAGACGCCCAACGAUGAUUCGUCAAGCAUUUUCACCGCCGCCUACCCACCAACCAGCCAGUCUCUGUAUCCGUUCCCAACCAAGAAGGAUGAUAUGGACUGUGAUGAUGGUGCAUACUCGCCCGAGACGUCUGUCUCUCCACUCAGCAAGAUGGCCAGCGACCCUGUCCACGGUCAGGUAGUCGACAACCGCUACCCAUCCAACGCCUCGAGCAUUGCUGCUAGCACCCUCUUGCAACCUAGGACCCGCAAUGCGUCUUGCACCUGCCCUCAAAUUCCCCGACUGGUGCUCGCUCAGUACGCCAACGAAGACGGCAAGAAGACGAUGUGGAGCCACUGCACUAACUGCGGCGCUAUGGACAUGGUUCUCAGAUGCGAUGGCAGCCCCGUCCUUUGCUAA